CGGACGCGCGCGGCGGGAUGGGCGGCGGGGCGCGGCGCUAGGUGCCCGGCGGGCGGCCCAGGCUGCGGCCGCGGACCCCUCGGCGCGCCGGCCCCGCGGCGCCCGGCAUGCCCCCGGCCGCAGCCCCUCUCCCGCCGAGGACCUCCGGCUGCGACCGGCGCGCCGCGGCUCCAGCCGCCUUCGGGGGCCUCCCGGGGCCCGGCCGCGGGGACCAUGAAAGUGAGGUCGGCCGCUGGCGACGGAGAUGCAUUGUGUGUUACAGAAGAGGAGCUGGCUGCUGACGACGAGGACAUGCCAACCUUCCCGUGCACACAGGAGGGCCGGCCGGGGCCCCGCUGCAGCCGCUGCCAGAGGAACCUGUCUCUGCACACGUCCGUGCGGAUCCUUUACCUCUUCCUGGCCCUGCUCCUGGUGGCCGUGGCCGUGCUGGCCUCUCUGGUUUUCAGGAAAGUGGACUCUCUCUCAGAGGAUAUCUCCCUGGCCCAGGCCAUUUAUGACAAGAAGCUUGUGUCUAUGCAGGAAAAUCUCCAAGGACUGGAUUUGAAAGCCCCGAACAACUGCUCUUUUUGCCAUGAGGCUGGGCAGCUGGGGCAAGAGAUCAAAAGACUGCAGGAGGAGCUGGAGGGAAUUCAGAAGAUGCUUCUGGCUCAGGAGGUCCAACUGGAUCAGACCUCUCAGACCCAUGAACUGCUCUCCACCACCAGCAGUCAAAUCUCCCAGGAGAUGGGCAGUUGUUCCUUCUCCGUCCACCAGGUCAACCAGUCUCUGGGGCUCUUCCUAGCCCAGAUGAGAGGCUGGCAGGCCACCACAGCCGGCUUGGAUCUCUCUCUGAAGGACCUCACCCAGGAGUGCUACGACGUCAAGGCUGCAGUGCACCAGAUCAACUUCACCGUGGGGCAGACUUCAGAGUGGAUCCACGGGAUCCGGCGGAAGACAGACGAGGAGACCCUGACCCUCCAGAAGAUUGUCACUGACUGGCAGAACUAUACCCGGCUCUUCAGCAGCUUGCGUACCACCUCGGCCAAGACCGGAGAAGUGGUCAAGAACAUCCAGGCCACUCUGGGGGCCUCAUCACAGCGCAUCAGCCAGAAUUCCGAGAGCAUGCAUGACCUGGUGCUGCAGGUCAUGGGCUUGCAGCUGCAGCUGGAUAACAUCUCAUCCUUCCUGGAUGACCACGAGGAGAACAUGCACGAUCUGCAGUACCACACCCGCUAUGCCCAGAACCGCACAGUGGAGAGGUUCGAGACGUUGGAAGGACGCAUGGCUUCUCACGAGAUCGAGAUUGGCACCAUCUUCACCAACAUCAAUGCCACUGACAACCAUGUGCACAGCAUGCUCAAGUACCUGGACGACGUGCGGCUCUCCUGCACACUGGGCUUCCACACCCAUGCCGAGGAGCUCUACUACCUGAACAAGUCUGUCUCCCUCAUGCUGGGCACCACGGACCUCCUCCGAGAGCGCUUCAGCCUGCUCAGCGCCCGACUGGACUUCAACGUGCGCAACCUCUCCAUGAUCGUGGAGGAGAUGAAGGCUGUAGACACGCAUCACGGAGAAAUCCUUCGCAAUGUCACCAUCCUACGAGGUGCCCCUGGCCCUCCAGGACCAAAAGGACUCAAGGGAGAUCUGGGUGUGAAAGGGCCUGUUGGUGGCAGAGGACCAAAAGGAGACCCCGGCAGCUUGGGACCCCCGGGACCCCAGGGUCCUCAGGGGCAGCCUGGGGACACCGGACCUGUGGGAGAAAGGGGGCCGGUUGGCCUGCGAGGUUUCCCAGGCCUCAAAGGCUCAAAGGGCAGCUUUGGAACUGGAGGCCUGAGAGGACAGCCAGGCCCCAAAGGGGACGUGGGGCCCCCAGGGCCAGAGGGGCCCCCAGGGUCUCCAGGGCCAGAGGGGCCUCAGGGAAAACCUGGGAUUGCUGGGAAGACAGGGUCACCAGGCCAGCGGGGGCCCACGGGACCUAAGGGUGAACCAGGCAUCCAGGGUCCCCCUGGCCUCCCGGGGCCCCCAGGCCCACCGGGAAGCCAGAGCCGCUACUGAGGAGUGCCCCUGCCCCAGACUCUACCACAGAGAAUGCCGGGAAGGGGGCUCAGGGCAGAGUGAGCCCCCAGAAAGCCACACCUACAGACAACUGUGGUAUUUUGAUCUCGAAGGGCCUUCCCCCAGGCCUGCCCUGCACUUCCAGGCUCCCCAGUAGUGACUGUACCAUAGAAAGCAGCCCCUCACACACACGCACACAUUUCCCUGCUGGCCGGGGGGCUGACUGGGUUUCUCUGGCUGGGCAGGAGGACAGGGCAAGAGAAGACGCUCCUCUCCCGUGACUGAGCCUGCCAGGGAGGUGGCUACCUCGGGAGGAAGGUCUUGAAUCUCUCUCUGAAUUGGUGGUGACCAACCCCAGUCUUUCUGGCGUCUUCACACCCAUCCGAGCCAGCAGUUGCCUGAGGCUCCCAGUGGCUGAAAAGACCCAGGAACAGCUUUCCAGGGGAUGGUGUUCAAACUCCAGGGACAAGGUAGAUUGGGCAACCACAAACCCUCCCCUUAGCCAUGGAACAGAGUCCCAGGAGCUGCCCCUGCCUCACACAGGACAGAGGAACUCCACGGGGCCAUCAUUCUCGGGUCCCACGCAUGGCGACCCUGGCGAGUUCGGCGUUUUUUCACAUCUGCGGAAGAUGCCUUGCUUCAUCCUUGCCUUCACCUCUCAGGAGCAUCCUCGAAGGAAUCCGAGCAGGAGUUGCAUCUGCACGGGGAGACUAUCCAGGUCCUAGAACAUUCUGCCAAAGCGGGGCACAGCACCCAGAAAGCUGGAGGAGGGGAGGCAGAGGCCAGUGUGAAGGUGCUGCGUGCAAACCUGCCUCCCUUGCUUCCCUGAGGCCAGCCCGCUCCAUUCCUGGGGUAGGCCCCUCUGUGAUGGUUGAAGGAGGGUCAACCCCUGAUAACAGGGUGACUCUCCCCUCCCGCACCUGGCUCUCCUCCUGCCCACAGCUGCCCACUGACCUCACACCACCGUGACCCAGAAUGGCCCGAGGCCUCUCUGCACAGGCAGCAAGACCAGAUGAGGAGGGAAUGGCCUGAAUCCGCAGGAGGCUCACUUUGAAGUCAUCCUUGCCCACCUCCGACUUCCUGCACACACUGGCAGAAAGGAGCCCUGGGAAGCUCCCACCGCAGGGUAAAGGCCACCCAUAGGCUUAACUCGUUGUAAAGCUGUCCUCCCUUUGUGUUCAAACAGAUUCUGACCUCCCCUGGGGUGGGGGCAUGGAGCUGUCUUCUCCCCAGUCUGACUCAGAGACCAGCCCUUCCACCCACGCCCCCCUUUCCAAAAGCCUUAACGCCAUCUCCCUUCUUGUAAUAGAUGUGCAACUGGUUUGCACGCCUGCCCCCACUGCCAUGUAAGUCUCCUGUCUACAUAUGAUAUCAUGCGACAUAGUAUUACUGACUCAGUAAAGAGCUAUUUCUAGGA